AUGUCGUCCCUCUCUGUAGCUCCACCAAAAUGCCUGCAGACACCGCUGGCGGUUCCUCAUCGUCACAUGUUUGGACCGGGACCUUCAAACGUUCCUUCACGUAUCUUGCAGGCCGGGGCCAAUCCUGUUAUUGGACACAUGCAUCCAGAGAUAUUUGAGAUAAUGAGUGACAUCAAGAGUGGGAUCCAGUACAUGUUCCAGACUCAGAACAGCAUGACUUUAGCUGUGAGUGGUACCGGCCACACUGCUAUGGAGUGUGCCAUCUUCAACACAGUGGAGCCCGGGGAGAGUGUGCUGACUGCAGUGAACGGCAUAUGGGGAGAGCGGGCAGCAGAAAUGGCAGAAAGGAUAGGUGCCAGAGUAAAUACCAUUGUGGCGCCUCCCGGUGGCUUCUUCACUAAUGAAGAAAUUGAGCAGGCCUUAUCGAAACACAGGCCGGUGCUGUUCUUCCUCGCACAUGGAGAAUCCUCUACAGGAGUCUUGCAUCCUUUAGAUGGUAUCGGACAGCUGUGCCAUAAGUAUAACUGCUUAUUCCUUGUCGACUCUGUGGCUUCAGUAGGAGGAGCACCUUUGUACAUGGACAAGCAAGAGAUAGACAUCCUGUAUACAGGCUCUCAAAAGGUUCUGAAUGCCCCACCGGGUACAGCACCCAUCUCCUUCAACGAAAGAGCAUGCAAGAAAAUAUUCAACCGAAGGACAAAGCCUGUGUCAUUUUUCUUGGAUUUGAGCUGGCUUGCAAACUACUGGGGAUGUGAUGGCAAGCCCUCAAGAGUAUAUCACCACACAGGCCCAGUCUCUGCUUUUUACUCCCUGAGGGAGAGCCUCGCUGUCCUUGUGGAAGAGGGUCUGGAGAAUUCAUGGGAAAGACAUCAAAAAGUGGUGGAGUAUUUCCAUGCUGGCCUAGAGAGCAUGGGUCUCAAACUUUUUGUGAAAGACAAAAGGGCAAGGCUGCCUACAGUUACAACUAUUGUUGCUCCUCAUGGAUAUGACUGGAAAGAGAUCACAUCCUACAUCAUGAAAACACAUAAUUUAGAGAUUUCUGGAGGUCUUGGACCAUCAGUUGGCUUGGUGCUGCGUGUGGGACUGAUGGGAUGUAACAGCAGCAAGUCCAAUGUUGACAUGGUGCUGGCAGCACUGAAAGAUGCUCUAAAACACUGCCACAAGAGCAAAGUGUGAUGUGUCGUUGAUGGAUGCUGUAAAGAUAAUCCUCCUAAUAAACGUUACUGUCAUAAUGAAGAGACUGUAUGUAAUAAAUGAACCAUUAUUCUCA